UCUGAUGUAAACAUGCCGCCUGAAGGAUGGGGCGGGGGCGCUGAGGGUUUUCCGCUGAUGUGUGCAUCUGUGAUGAAGUCGAGGCGCGUAUAUGUAGAGGUGUCGUCAGGCGGCUCCACACACCUGCUGGAGCCGACUGCAGAGGUAUGGAGGCCGCCAUCACCACCAUCGUCAGCCAGUUCCAGGCGUACGCCGGGAGCGAGGGAUGCUCCAGCACGCUCAGCAAAGACGAGUUCCAGAAGCUGGUGGCUUCACAGCUCCCAAACUUUGUGAAGAACGCCAGUGACCCCGGCGUGAUCGACCAGCUCAUGAGCUCCAUAGACGAGAACAACGACGGCGAGCUGACCUUCUCCGAGUUCUGGCAGCUGAUCGGUAAACUGGCGAGCAGACAGGGAGGCUUCAGCCAGUAGAGCUGCAGGAUCUGGUCGUGCAACAUCCGGCGGCUGUAGACACACGCCGUCUGAAUUCCGCCUGCGUGUGCGGCAGAUGUGUGACUCCGUCAAUAACCGUUUGUUGAAUGUCUGGAACUCUGAAUUAAAGACUCGACUGCGUUGCAGCUUCAACCUCCA